UGGGUGUUAUUGCUGUUGUGGCUAUAAACAUCCUUUCAAUUAUGACUUGUUUUUAUUGAUGACUUCAUCAAGGCAUGUUCAUAUCAGUUUGCUACACAAUUACAAAAGAGGAUUUGGCCACAGUCAUUUUAUGUGUUAGUACAUUUUUAAAAGUAAGAAAAUAUGACAUUAAAGUCAGAAUUCUGACUUUUUCCCCCCCUUCUAUCUGUCAUAGAUUAAAGUAAAAAUUGUCUUUAGUGCAAGUCUGUCUUUAAUCCAGGCUUUUAAAAAAAACAUAUAGUACAUGUUCUUUCAUGUCUUUAUUAAUCCCCGGGGAGAGGUUAAAUUAUAUUUUCUCAUGGUAGUACAUUGUGAACAUUUAGAUUAUACGAGUCUUCACAGUAGUGUCUGUAUAGUUUUAAAUAGGAAGCUAAACGUUAAUGGUACGUGUAUCUGACCUGGGAUCAGAUACUCACUCCGCUCCUCGCUCUCGCUCGUGGGCCCGGUGGUCACAGGCGGAUCUGAGGUCGGUGUUGUGCUCUCCGCGUGCUUUCAGAGCCGGUGACCACGUGUCUCUGUCCGGCCUGCCAGCGGUGGGGCCAUGUGGUGCAGCAAGAUGGCGGCGCGGUGGAGAGGGAAAGAGGUGGAUUUAAACGCAGACAACGGCGACUUUCUGGCCUUCAACACUUCCAACGAGCUACUCCUGAAUAAAGGUGAUGAAGGUGUGGACAUGGACUCACAGUCCUGCACAGAUCACUCCAUCCUGUCCAUCUUUGACGAUCCCACAGUCGCAUCAGAGGGUAAGAGUGGAGUGGAGGAGGAGAAUGAGUCCUUGCUGUCAGCUUUGACCGAGAUGCUGGACAGUGUGGAGGACGACGAUGCGACCCUGUCUCCUUUUGAUGUUCUUCCAGACACCAAACUCCUCACCAGCACAGGGAGCAGGGACAUUUCAGUGGUGAAUUUACUCAGUGGCAGAGCUACACCAGGACCCAAAUUACCAACCACAAUUUUCACAAAUAAAAGAAGAGGAAAAAAGGAAGAUGAGAACAAAAUUCACUGCAACAGCCUCCCACACAUGCUCACGCAGCAAACCCCAACAGUCUGUCACUCCAAAACUGACAAGUUGGAGAAUGAAGUUGAGGUUUUCACCUCGACCUCUCUCGUCAACCUGGUUAAGCUCAUGCACCCGUACUGUCUGAAGCUGCAUGUGGAGGAGGAGAGCACACAGAGGAAGAACUGCACAUUAUUCACCCAGGGAGAGGUGUGGAGGUACGAGAGGCCCACUGAAGAGAGCGAUGAAGAGAUAAAUGUUGUGUCAGAUGACGAGGAACCUGUGAAAGAGACAAAGCGGAAUGGGGAGAGAGAUGAAAAGAGAGAUGACGGGAGAUUUCUGAAGAGUGUGCUGCUGAAUGGAAACUCACCCAGAGCGCCACCAUCCAGAAAGAAGAAAAGAGUGAGCUUUGGCCCCAUUCAAGUGGCUUCUUUUAACACAUCGGAAGAGGAGAGUUUGAAUGAGACAAAUGAAACAGGUGAGGCUGUGUCACUUCCCCCAAACAGCCCACAGGCACUUGUAAAUUCAGCUGGGCCAGCACUCGAACCUCAAGCAACGUGCUCAGAGGAGAAGUGUGACAAAGAGGAUUCGGUGCUACCAAAAGGUGAGACAAAAGCAAAAUCACUGAGCCUCCAACAGUACAGACAGCUUCGCCAGAAGAGACAGCCCCUGGUGGAGAAAAAAGGUAACAACGCAACCAAGUGGCCCUCUCUUCCUGAGCCCCCCACGGAGUUGACCCCCAUCCUCUGUUUCGUGGCACAAAAGACAGCACAUCAAUAUCCAGACUUAUCUAGCACUCAUCAUCAACAACAUAAACCCGGAAACAAUGCCCCUCUUUCACUGAGGCCAAGCUCCUCUCAGGUAAAAGCAUCAACUCCUCUGAACUGCAGCAGAUUAAAGCGCCCAAGACCUGAAUCCAAAUCCCUCUCACCCGAUAGUCCACUGCCAGAUGCCACAGCUCACCCACAUGUGAAGAUCCCCAAAGGCAUCAAAAGUCCUGUAAAGAAACCAUUGUUGGUCAGUAGCGAUCCUCCCAACCCGGUCCUCGUCCCCCUGCCAGUUUGUCAAACAGCAUCACCAGCCACUGCCCUCUUGUCACCAGAGUCUAAAGUGGAGUUCACCAUCGUAGAGUCUGAAAGCUCCACACCCUCACAAAAACCCCAACGGGAAUCCUCAGCGUCUUCUCUUCAAAAACUGCCGACAUCCUCGGAGCGAAAACCUCAGCUGCUGCUAGUAAAGCAACACAACCCCAACCUCCUGCAGGACAGUCGAACCAAAAUGGUCUCAGGUGUGUCCUCCAGAUGUCCACUACCACCACCACCGCUAUGUCCUCCUGCCACGAUACAAACUCAGUCUGAGCUGGAACCAAAGACUCCUCACUUACCAAGUGCAGUCACAGUGAAGCAAAUAAGGUGUUCCUCCUCCUCCUCGCCAACUUCACCCACAGAUGCUCCCAUUCAGAUGAAGAGGGCGGUGUCUUCUCCUGAGGAAACACAGGCCACUCUUCAGGUUGACUGUCCAGCACAGAGUGCAAUAUCUGACUCAGGAAUUGUGGCCACUGAUCUGACCAGCCUGCUGGAGCAGUUUGAGGAAACACAAGCUAAAGAGGAGAGAGUUUGUGAGAAUGCGAUAAGUACGACUCCAGCUUCACGUCUACAAAUAGACGGACAACUGGAGCUGCAAGGAAAUCUGUCCGUGGCUUCAAAAAAGACCUCCAGAAUAUCCACAACCUCCUCAGUGGAAUCACUUGAACUACAAUCUCUCAGGAAUCCGCCACAACUCAAGCCACUGGAGCGCGUGGACGUCCCAGAGCCCCUCGGCACUGAAAUCAUCCUCAGCACUCAGCAGGAGCAGCCUGCAAAACGCAAGACUUCCACAUCCAAAGCCAUUCAGAUCAUUGACCCACGCCCGCUACCAUCCAGGAAAACUCACGUUAGCACUUCAGAGCCUCCUUCUCCUCACAUGUAUUUAUCUGUAUGCGCUGAUCACGACUACUGUAGGUCUGUGGAUCAUUCACUGACAGGUGCUACACAGCGUAGCAGAACUAAGCCUUCUCCACUCAAGGAUGUUUCUAAGAUUACUCAUGAAUUUCAGGUAAAUUCUUUGGACUCAGGUGCUGCUGCUGCUGCUGAGUGGAACACACAGACCUCAACUGGACACACAAAGUGUGUGACACAACAUCACUCUGAGCAACCCACAGAAGAAGUUUUGCACUUUUCCGACUGUGCUGCUGUUGCUGCUGCUGCAGGGGAUAAAAGUGACGAUAAGGCAGCUCCAUACACUCUUCCUACCCCUCCACCCAGCCCUCCUAACAGAGGGAGGGAGAGGAGGAGAUAUCAGAGAAGAUCCCCUCGUUCUGACUCCAGCUCCAGCUCACAUUGCUCCUCCUGCUCCUGCUCCUCAUCGUCGUCUUCCUCCAGCACAUCUCGCUCUCCAAAAAGACGGAGGCUCCAUCACAGGCGCUCAGAGAGCAGCUCCUGUUCCUCGUCACCCUGUCGCUCCAUCUCCCGCUCACCACCUCGACGCUACAGGCUCGCCCGCUCCAGGUCGACAUGCAGUAGGUCCAGAUCCAGGUCUUGGUCACAGUCCAGGUCCCCAUCCAGAUCCAGAUCACCGUCCCCGCGGGUUUGCCUCAGGCGGUGGAAAGAUGUUUACAGCAGCAAAGAGUCCAGGAGGCUCAGGAGAGAACACGAGAUAAGGAUUCAAAAACUUAAAGCCAUAGAUGAGCGCAGGGUGGUGUACGUGGGUCGUAUCAGCAGGUCAAUGACACACGGCGAACUGAGAGAGCGCUUCACUCAGUUUGGAGAGGUGGAGUGUGUGUCGCUUCACUUCAGAGACAGAGGUGACCACUACGGCUUUGUCACGUUCUACAACAUGGACGAUGCCUUCGCAGCCAUCGAUAAUGCCUAUAAAUUGAGGAAGCCCAACGAGCUGCCGUUUGACCUUUGCUUUGGCGGCAGACGACAGUUCUGCAACUCCAACUACGCAGAUCUUGACGCGUCCAGAGACGCUGACUCGUCUGCUGCCAUGAACAGGUUUAAGGACGUGGACUUUGAUUCAUUGUUGAAACAAGCCCAGAGAGGAUUAAACACGUAGCACAGCGGUGAACUGGAUGAGCGACAACGAUGAAAAGAACUCUUUCCGUGAACUUCAGAGGGUUUUUCUCGCUCGUGUUUAUGUAGCAAAUGUUUGUAUGUCAGUGUUGUUGUUUUUUUCCAUGUUUUGACUCUUAAUAUGCAUGCAGUUUUCAUGUCUGCAGUAAAUAUAAACUUAUGGAGCACUC